AUGACGGGAGUUUAUGUGUUGGAUGAAAUUAGUCAUCCAACAUUGCAUUGUUCCACGAUAUAUGACACUGUCUACACAACAUUGUAUCGUGCCCCUACAUAUGGAACUAUCCACACAGCAUUUGAUAGUGUCCCAAUAUAUGACACUGUCUACACAACAUUGUAUCGUGCCCCUACAUAUGGAACUAUCUACACAGCAUUUGAUAGUGUCCCAAUAUAUGACACUGUCUACACAACAUUGUAUCGUGCCCCUACAUAUGGAACUAUCUACACAGCAUUGUAUAGUGUCCCAAUAUAUGACACUGUCUACACAACAUUGUAUCGUGCCCCUACAUAUGGAACUAUCUACACAACAUUUGAUAGUGUCCCAAUAUAUGACACUGUCUACACAACAUUGUAUCGUGCCCCUACAUAUGGAACUAUCUACACAGCAUUUGAUAGUGUCCCAAUAUAUGACACUGUCUACACAACAUUGUAUCGUGCCCCUACAUAUGGAACUAUCUACACAGCAUUGUAUAGUGUCCCAAUAUAUGACACUGUCUACACAACAUUGUAUCGUGCCCCUACAUAUGGAACUAUCUACACAGCAUUUGAUAGUGUCCCAAUAUAUGACACUGUCUACACAACAUUGUAUCGUGCCCCUACAUAUGGAACUAUCUACACAGCAUUUGAUAGUGUCCCAAUAUUUGACACUGUCUACACAACAUUGUUUCGUGCCCCUACAUAUGGAACUAUCUACACAGCAUUUGAUAGUGUCCCAAUAUAUGACACUGUCUACACAACAUUGUAUCGUGCCCCUACAUAUGGAACUAUCUACACAGCAUUUGAUAGUGUCCCAAUAUAUGACACUGUCUACACAACAUUGUAUCGUGCCCCUACAUAUGGAACUAUCUACACAGCAUUUGAUAGUGUCCCAAUAUAUGACACUGUCUACACAACAUUGUAUCGUGCCCCUACAUAUGGAACUAUCUACACAGCAUUUGAUAGUGUCCCAAUAUAUGACACUGUCUACACAACAUUGUAUCGUGCCCCUAUAUAUGGAACUAUCUACACAGCAUUUGAUAGUGUCCCAAUAUAUGACACUGUCUACACAACAUUGUAUCGUGCCCCUACAUAUGGAACUAUCUACACAGCAUUUGAUAGUGUCCCAAUAUAUGACACUGUCUACACAACAUUGUAUCGUGCCCCUACAUAUGGAACUAUCUACACAGCAUUUGAUAGUGUCCCAAUAUAUGACACUGUCUACACAACAUUGUAUCGUGCCCCUACAUAUGGAACUAUCUACACAGCAUUUGAUAGUGUCCCAAUAUAUGACACUGUCUACACAACAUUGUAUCGUGCCCCUAUGUAUGGAACUAUCUACACAGCAUUUGAUAGUGUCCCAAUAUAUGACACUGUCUACACAACAUUGUAUCGUGCCCCUACAUAUGGAACUAUCUACACAGCAUUUGAUAGUGUCCCAAUAUAUGACACUGUCUACACAACAUUGUAUCGUGCCCCUACAUAUGGAACUAUCUACACAACAUUGUAUCGUGCCCCUACAUAUGGAACUAUCUACACAGCAUUUGAUAGUGUCCCAAUAUAUGACACUGUCUACACAACAUUGUAUCGUGCCCCUACAUAUGGAACUAUCUACACAACAUUGUAUCGUGCCCCUACAUAUGGAACUAUCUACACAGCAUUUGAUAGUGUCCCAAUAUAUGACACUGUCUACACAACAUUGUAUCGUGCCCCUACAUAUGGAACUAUCUACACAGCAUUUGAUAGUGUCCCAAUAUAUGACACUGUCUACACAACAUUGUAUCGUGCCCCUACAUAUGGAACUAUCUACACAGCAUUGUAUAGUGUCCCAAUAUAUGACACUGUCUACACAACAUUGUAUCGUGCCCCUACAUAUGGAACUAUCUACACAGCAUUAUAUAGUGUCCUAAUAUAUGACACUGUCUACACAACAUUGUAUCGUGCCCCUACAUAUGGAACUAUCUACACAGCAUUUGAUAGUGUCCCAAUAUAUGACACUGUCUACACAACAUUGUAUCGUGCCCCUACAUAUGGAACUAUCUACACAGCAUUUGAUAGUGUCCCAAUAUAUGACACUGUCUACACAACAUUGUAUCGUGCCCCUACAUAUGGAACUAUCUACACAGCAUUUGAUAGUGUCCCAAUAUAUGACACUGUCUACACAACAUUGUAUCAUGAGAAGUCGAGGUUAUAUGAUAUAUAUCAGACUCGAACAGCAACAGAAGCCGGAGAGGCCGUUCUGGACUCCUUUGAUAAAAGCUCUGCUCCAAAUAAGUGGGUAUCCUUCCUAAAUGCACUUGAACAAGAAGAGCUUGUUUACGUCAAGUCAUUGCUGGAAGAAGACACUGUAGAUUCGGAAGAGGACAGGUUAAGAGGUCGAAAACUGAUACGACUCUUUGGUCCAGAGCUAGAGAAAAACAUCAAACCAAAGGACAUUAUAAGCAGCCUUGUUUCGAAGAAGGCUAUAACAGAAGACGACUGCGAUGAAGUGCUAAAUCUAUGUCAUACCAAAAGCAGAUUGUAUGGUAUAAUGUGCCUUUUGCGCAGAAUGCAGAUCCGAUUGCGUCCAAAGGAAUGGUAUUACGCGUUUCUUUGCGCGCUCCGGGAUAACGACUACACCUCGGAGUGUGAACUUUUAGAUCCGGAUUUCUUGGAAUGCCCCCAUAUGUUUGAUCCUGAAACAUUUGUGAGAAUUUCGUAA